GCAGCAGCAGCAGCAGCAGCAGCAGCAACAACAGCCCCCGAGCCGGCGCCGGCUCCGUCGUGCGCCCUGGCCGGCGCCUCGCCUUGCCACGGCGUCUCCUUCCAGAUCCAGAUCGGGCUGACCCGCGAGUUCGUCCUGCUGCCUGCAUCUUCCGAUCUUGCCCACGUCAAGCAACUGGCGUGCUCCAUCGUGGAUCAGAAGUUCCCUGAGUGCGGCUUCUACUGCCUCUACGACAAGAUUCUGCUCUUCAAGCACGACCCGUCCUCGGCCAACAUCCUGCAGCUGGUCAGAGCCGCCAGCGACAUCCAGGAAGGGGACCUGGUGGAGGUGGUGCUCUCAGCUUCCGCCACUUUUGAGGACUUCCGGAUCCGACCACACGCCCUCAGUGUGCACUCCUAUCGUGCUCCGGCUUUCUGCGACCACUGUGGCGAGAUGCUCUUCGGAUUGGUACGCCAAGGUCUCAAGUGUGAUGGCUGUGGGCUGAACUACCACAAGCGCUGCGCCUUCAGCAUCCCCAACAACUGCAGCGGAGCCCGGAAGCGCCGCCUCUCCUCCACCUCCUUGGCCAACUCUCAGUCCCUGCGCCUCUCCAUCACGGACUCCUUGCCCUGCAGCUCCGAAGAUCUGACUAGGAGCCUGAUAGAGACCUUCCCCCGCCGGCUCACUUCCUCCACCUACAUCGGCCGCCCCAUUGAGCUAGACAAGCUCUUCCUCUCGAAGGUCAAGGUGCCUCACACCUUCCUCAUCCACUCCUACACCCGGCCCACCGUCUGCCAGUACUGCAAGAAGCUCCUCAAAGGCCUCUUCCGCCAGGGCCUCCAAUGCAAAGAUUGCAAGUUCAACUGCCACAAACGUUGCGCGACUCGGGUGCCCAAUGACUGCCUGGGAGAGACGCUGUUUAAUGGCGGAGAUGUGCAGAUGGAAGAAGCCAGCGACCUCAGUGAGGCCGAUAAGAACUCGCUCAUGGAUGAAUCGGACGACUCUGGAAUCAUCCCCGGGUCCCAUUCAGAGAACGAGAUGAGGAUGGGCGAGGACUCUGACGACAGCAAGUCCCGGGGCUCCAUGGGCUACAUCCCCCUGAUGCGAGUGGUCCAGUCGGUCCGGCAAACGACCCGCAAGUCCAGCACGGCUCUGAAGGAAGGCUGGGUGGUUCACUUCAGCAACAAGGACACCCUGCGGAAACGCCAUUACUGGCGACUGGACAGCAAAUGCCUCACUCUCUUCCAAAACAACACCAGCAGUCGCUACUACAAGGAGAUUCCGCUCUCGGAGAUCUUGGCCGUGGGCCCGGCCCAGGACUUCUCCCUGCUGCCUUCGGGCGCCAACCCUCACUGCUUUGAAAUCACCACGGCCAAAGCGACCUACUACGUGGGGGAAAACGGCGCCCCUAGCAACCACCAGCAUGCUGGGGACAGCCUGGAGAACGCCAGGACGUGGGAGAACGCCAUCCGGCAGGCCCUCAUGCCGGUCGUCCUCCAAGGGGCCCCGAGCGCUCAAGGGGAGGCGCCCCACAGGCAAGCGUCAUUACGAAUCUCUGUGUCCAACAGCCAGAUCCAGGAGAAUGUGGAUAUCGCUACCGUCUACCAGAUCUUCCCGGAUGAAGUUUUGGGCUCUGGGCAAUUUGGCGUCGUCUACGGAGGGAAACACCGGAAGACGGGCCGGGACGUGGCGGUGAAAGUGAUUGACAAGCUCCGCUUCCCCACCAAGCAGGAGAGCCAACUGCGCAACGAGGUCGCCAUCUUGCAGAGCCUGAGGCACGCCGGGAUCGUGAACCUGGAGUGCAUGUUCGAGACGCCGGAGAAAGUCUUUGUGGUGAUGGAGAAGCUCCACGGAGACAUGCUGGAAAUGAUCCUGUCUUCGGAAAAGGGCCGGCUGCCUGAGAGACUCACCAAAUUCCUCAUCACGCAGAUCCUGGUGGCUCUGCGGCAUCUGCAUUUCAAGAACAUCGUGCAUUGCGACCUGAAACCCGAGAACGUCCUUUUGGCUUCGGCCGAGCCGUUCCCUCAGGUGAAGCUGUGCGACUUUGGCUUCGCCCGCAUCAUUGGCGAGAAGUCCUUCCGCCGCUCGGUCGUGGGCACCCCGGCCUACCUGGCGCCUGAGGUCCUGCUGAACCAGGGCUACAACCGCUCUCUGGACAUGUGGUCAGUGGGAGUCAUCAUGUACGUCAGCCUCAGCGGCACGUUCCCGUUCAACGAAGACGAGGACAUCAACGACCAGAUCCAGAAUGCCGCCUUUAUGUACCCAGCUAACCCCUGGCGCCAGAUCUCAGUUGGAGCCAUUGAUCUGAUCAACAACCUCCUCCAGGUGAAGAUGAGGAAACGUUACAGUGUCGAUAAAUCGCUCAGCCACUCUUGGCUACAGGAUUAUCAAACGUGGCUGGAUCUGCGGGAGCUGGAGACCAAGAUGCGCGAGCGCUACAUCACCCACGAGAGCGACGAUGCCCGGUGGGAACAGUUUGCCGCCGAGCACAGUGUGCCGUACCCUGACCACUUGCGGGUCCGGCGGCUCCACGAGGAGGAGGAGGACGAACAACAGCGGGAAGUGGAGAUGAAGGGCUUGACCGAGAGGGUCAGUGUGCUCUGAGCUCCUCCUGCUUACGGGAAGCUCAAAUGAAGGACGGACAGGCAUGCGGAAUCUCGGGCACGGCAUCAGCUCCGCCCCCUGGGGGCGGGGCCUUGUUCUGAAGGAGGCGGCAGCUCCCCCUGCUGGCAGUGCCAGGGAACACACUCUCAGAACUUUGCUCCACUUCACACCCAGAGUUCUCCGAUUCUCUCCGGUUCACUUAUUUCGGGGGGCGUCAUUGCGAGAGAUCGGAAGCUGCUGAAGUAGAGGGAAUGAAUGUUGGGCAUCUUGGGACAGGCGGGGCGGAGAAUGAGCCGGGCGUUGUUCUGGUGCCUAAGGAGGGCAUUGCAAUUCUUGACGGAGGGGGAAAAAAUGUUGGGGACCCCCCAUCAAUAGAAGUUAUGGGGGUGUUUAGGUUCUGAAAUCAUCUGCCUCUUGUUCUCCCGCUGGUUUCCAGUUUGGAACAGGAGUAUGUCUCUCGGGUCAGCCGCAAAACUCACUUUGAAUAGUCCAGUGGAGAAAGGACUACCUCCAU